GGAGGGGGGAGGGAAGGGGGGCAGCUGUGGGCAGGGAGCCGGGCUCGGCCGCCAGCACUAAAGAUGGAGAGGCGCCGGGGCCUUGCAGGGGAGGGGGCUCGGCGUUGACGUGGGACGCGGCGGAGGCGCAGCAGCCGGUGGUGAUUUGCUAACCUCGCAGCAGAGAGGAGUUGAGGGCGAUGAGAGCGGGUACUGCGAACUGCCGGGCGAUGCCGUCGCUGCCGCCGUGAUACGGAGAGCAACAGUUCCUCAGCAACACCCCUCCCCGACACAGGCACACACCCCCCGACAGGCACGCACACCCACCCCACAGUGCCCGGCUCGGCUGCGUCCCUUCUGUUGGCCCAGGAAGCCCACCCUGCCCCGCCACGCAGAGCCCAGAAGGAAAGAGAGCCUCAUGCCUGAGCCGAGGGGAGCACCAUGGAUCUGACAAAAAUGGGCAUGAUCCAACUGCAGAACCCCAGCCACCCCACGGGGCUGCUGUGCAAGGCCAACCAGAUGCGGCUGGCAGGGACUCUGUGUGAUGUGGUCAUCAUGGUGGACAGCCAGGAGUUCCACGCCCACCGGACGGUGCUGGCCUGCACCAGCAAGAUGUUUGAGAUCCUCUUCCACCGCAACAGCCAGCACUAUACUCUGGACUUCCUCUCGCCAAAGACCUUCCAGCAGAUUCUGGAGUAUGCAUACACAGCCACGCUGCAAGCCAAGGCGGAGGACCUGGAUGACCUGCUGUAUGCGGCCGAGAUCCUGGAGAUCGAGUACCUGGAGGAGCAGUGCCUGAAGAUCCUGGAAACCAUCCAGGCCUCAGAUGACAAUGACACGGAGGCCACCAUGGCCGACGGCGGGGCCGAGGAAGAAGAGGACCGCAAGGCUCGGUACCUCAAGAACAUCUUCAUCUCGAAGCAUUCCAGCGAGGAGAGUGGGUAUGCCAGUGUGGCUGGACAGAGCCUCCCUGGGCCCAUGGUGGACCAGAGCCCUUCAGUCUCCACCUCAUUUGGUCUUUCAGCCAUGAGUCCCACCAAGGCUGCAGUGGACAGUUUGAUGACCAUAGGACAGUCUCUCCUGCAGGGAACUCUUCAGCCACCUGCAGGGCCCGAGGAGCCAACUCUGGCUGAGGGUGGACGGCACCCUGGGGUGGCAGAGGUGAAGACGGAGAUGAUGCAGGUGGAUGAGGUGCCCAGCCAGGACAGCCCUGGGGCAGCUGAGUCCAGCAUCUCAGGAGGGAUGGGGGACAAGGUUGAGGAAAGAGGCAAAGAGGGGCCUGGGACCCCGACUCGAAGCAGUGUCAUCACCAGUGCUAGGGAGCUGCACUAUGGGCGAGAGGAGAGUGCUGAGCAGCUGCCACCCGCAGCUGAGGCUGGCCAGGCCCCCGCCAGCCGACCUGAGCACACAGCACCCCCGGCUGAGAAGCAUCUGGGCAUCUACUCCGUGUUGCCCAACCACAAGGCUGAUGCUGUGUUGAGCAUGCCGUCUUCGGUGACCUCUGGCCUCCAUGUGCAGCCUGCCCUGGCCGUCUCCAUGGACUUCAGCACCUAUGGGGGGCUGCUGCCCCAGGGCUUCAUCCAGAGGGAGCUGUUCAGCAAGCUGGGGGAGCUGGCUGUGGGCAUGAAGUCAGAGAGCCGGACCAUCGGGGAGCAGUGCAGCGUGUGUGGCGUCGAGCUUCCUGAUAACGAGGCUGUGGAGCAGCACAGGAAGCUGCACAGUGGGAUGAAGACGUACGGCUGCGAGCUCUGCGGGAAGCGGUUCCUGGAUAGUUUGCGGCUGAGAAUGCACUUACUGGCUCAUUCAGCGGGUGCCAAAGCCUUUGUCUGUGAUCAGUGCGGUGCACAGUUUUCGAAGGAGGAUGCCCUGGAGACACACAGACAGACCCAUACUGGCACCGACAUGGCCGUCUUCUGCCUGCUGUGUGGGAAGCGUUUCCAGGCGCAGAGCGCACUGCAGCAGCACAUGGAGGUCCACGCGGGCGUGCGCAGCUACAUCUGCAGCGAGUGCAACCGCACCUUCCCCAGCCACACGGCCCUCAAACGCCACCUGCGCUCACAUACAGGUGACCACCCCUAUGAGUGUGAGUUCUGUGGCAGCUGCUUCCGGGAUGAGAGCACACUCAAGAGCCACAAACGCAUCCACACGGGUGAGAAACCCUAUGAGUGCAAUGGCUGCGGCAAGAAGUUCAGCCUCAAGCAUCAGCUGGAGACACACUAUAGAGUGCACACAGGUGAGAAGCCCUUUGAGUGUAAGCUCUGCCACCAGCGCUCCCGGGACUACUCGGCCAUGAUCAAGCACCUGAGAACGCACAACGGCGCCUCGCCCUACCAGUGCACCAUCUGCACGGAGUACUGCCCCAGCCUCUCCUCCAUGCAGAAGCACAUGAAGGGCCACAAGCCCGAGGAGAUCCCGCCCGACUGGAGGAUAGAGAAGACGUACCUCUACCUGUGCUACGUGUGAAGAGGGGGCCCGCGGCGGUGGAGCCGAGCGGGGAGCCAGGAAAGAAGAGUUGGAGUGAGAUGAAGUCAAGGAAGGACUGUGAAAAAU